CUUUAAUCCUGUGUACAUUUCCAGCAGACGACAACUGACAAGUACCCAGUCCAGCUGGAGGAUACAAACCCGCAUACAACUAAACAAUUCAGUCCACCCCAAUGCUGCGUCUUCUCGCACUGGCCGCAACAUUCGGCCUCAGCCUCGCCGCUUCACAGACACCACUGCUAUCGAGCCCUACCGAUGACUUUCGCGUCAUCCACAGCACCCAAUUCCCAGAGUACUCAGUGCGCAUCCGCCAGCAGAACGAGUCCAUCUGCGCCGCCGGCUCAGCCCAAUACACCGGCUGGCUGAACAUCGGCCCCAAACAUCUCUUCUUCUGGUACUUCGAGAGCCAGAAUGACCCCGUCUCCGACCCGCUGACCCUCUGGAUGACCGGCGGACCCGGCGACUCCAGCAUGAUCGGCCUCUUCCAGGAGAUCGGGCCCUGCCUGGUCAACGAGCACGCCAACGGCACCGUCCAUAACCCGUGGUCCUGGUCGCGGAACUCCUCGCUCUUGUUCGUCGACCAGCCCGUCGGCACGGGGUUCUCGUACCUCGACGACGGCGAAGACUUGCCCGUGGACUCGGAGCAGGCCGCCGUCGACAUGCAUCGAUUCCUGCAGCUCUUUGUCUCUGAGGUGUUCCCGCAUUUGAAGCCUCUGCCGGUGCAUCUUUCCGGCGAGUCCUAUGCGGGCCAUUUCAUCCCCUACCUCGGCGCCCGCAUCAUCCAGCAGAACCAAAUCUACCCCUCCCAGCCCCAGGUCAAUCUCAAAUCAUGCCUGAUCGGCAACGGCUUCAUGUCCCCUCGCGACUCCUUCUACGGCUACUGGGAAACCCCCUGCACGACCAACCCCGGCGUCGCGGCGCCCGUCUUCAACACCACCCGCUGCGACAUCAUGGCCGCCAACAUGCCGCGGUGCAUGCACGUGUCCGAAGUCUGCGUGCGCAACCCCGACCCGGCGAUCUGCGACGCCGCGCGAUCGGUCUGCUACGAGGGCGUGGUGGGAUGGUACGACGAGGAGGCGGGCGCUGGGGGGCGGAAUAGAUUCGAUAUAACAGCCCCCUGUGCGAUCGACGAAAUGUGCUACAUCCAAUCCGCCCGCAUCGAAACAUAUCUCAACUCGGCGGCUGUCUGGACCUCGCUUUCUCCUCCUAGUGAGGUCGAAGAGUACAGAUUCGUCUCGCAGGCUGUCAUUGACGCUUUCGAUACCUCUGCGGACGGUAUGACGUCCACGUCGGAGCUGGUGGUCUUCCUCUUGGAGCAGGGCGUCGAUUUCCUGGCCUACCAGGGAAAUCUAGACCUGGCGUGCAAUACCGCGGGGAAUCGAAGGUGGGCGGAGUCGGUGGUUUGGAAGGGGCAGGUAGAGUUUACGGCGAGGGAGAUGAGGGUGUGGAGGGCGUUUGUUGAGGAAAAGGGCGGGAUGGAGACGGUGGGAAGGAUGAAAGAGGUGAAGGUGGAGGGGGGAGAUGGAAAGGUGAGGUUUGCGUUUGUGACUGUUGAUGGGGCGGGGCAUUUGCUACCUCAAGAUCGACCAGAUGUGGCGCUUGAUAUGAUGGUGAGGUGGAUUACCGGGGCGUCUUUUGCAUGAGGUGCAUGAUGCGUCUUUACAAGAUGGUGAGUGAGUAGGUGGACUGACAACUAAUAUUAUUAAAUGUUAGGUCCUAGAUCAAUACAUGAAGUAAGAAUAUGGC